AUGAAGAGAAAGGCUAUUCGUAGAUUAAAUAAAUCAUCCAACCAUAUUAAAACAACUAAUAAAAAGAUUAGAAAGCUUAGAAAUUCUACUUAAGUUAGCAACGUCUAAGGAUGGGAUAAAAAUAAAAGCCAAGAAGAGAAUUUGAAAACUUUGGGCAUUUACAAAAACAUCAAUAAAAGAGUCACCAAUAUAGUUGAUAAAAACGAGCUUAUCAGACUCAAAAAGGAAGGAAAGUUGGAGCCUUAAUUUGACUAAUAUAUUUCAGUUGAUGAAGAAGUCAAUUUAGAUGAUAUCAAGGCUAUUUUAGAAAAAAAUAAGCUUCCUGAAGACAAAUACGCAAAGUAAAAGCCUGGAAGAAUUAAUAUUGACGAAGAAUGGGCAAUAGAGAAAAUAGUUGCAAAAUAUAAAACUAACUUCAGCAAGGCAUACGUUGACCAUAAAGUCAAUACUUUUAUGUGGACAGAAGACCAACUUUAAAAGAAAUAUAAUGCAUAUAUUGAAAAGCAUGGCAAAUGCCCUAAAAAUUGA